GUAAAACCUUAUCUCAAAUGUUUUUAGUACAGAAACUUUUAUGGAUGUGUGGGUUCACGAGAGAGACAUUACAUACAUUUCAAAACAAGUUCAUCAGUCUUGCAGUACAUUUCGGCUUAAAACAUAAACAUUAUUAAAUUUAUAUUUUUUAUUUCCAAAAUUUUAAACUUUAAUCAUGUCUGGAAUCACAAAAGGAGUUUUCAUUGUCGGUGCUAAGCGUACAGCAUUUGGCACGUUCGGUGGAACCUUCAAGAACACAACACCGACUGCAAUGCAAACUGUUGCUGCUCAGGCUGCACUCAAGGAAGCCAAUAUUUCACCCGAUAAAGUUGAUACAGUCGUCAUCGGUAACAUCAUGCCACACACACAAACUGAUGGAAUUUACAUGGCACGACAUGUUUCACUUAAUUGUGGAAUUCCACAAGAUAAGCCAGCACUUGCUGUUAAUCGUUUGUGUGGAUCUGGAUUCCAAAGUAUUGUUAAUGGUGCACAGGACAUUCUUAUUGGUGGCGCUAAGGUUGUAUUGACUGGAGGUGUUGAAAGUAUGAGUUUGGCACCUUAUGUCGCUAGAAACAUGCGAUUUGGAACUACAUUAGGCACAAAUUAUGCAUUGGAGGAUUCAUUAUGGGCUGGAUUAACUGACACAUACUGCAAACUUCCAAUGGCAUUGACAGCUGAAAAAUUGGGCGAGAAGUUCAACAUUUCAAGAGCCAGAGUCGAUGAAUUCUCGUUCAAUUCACAACAAAAGUGGGGAAAGUCAAAUGCAGAAGGUGUCUUUAAAGCCGAAAUUACUCCAUUCACAACCAAAGUUAAAGGCAAGGAAGUGCAAUUCCAAGUUGAUGAACAUCCACGUCCACAGACGACACUUGAGGGUCUCGCCAAACUUCAAAGUAUUUUCAAGAAAGACGGUCUUGUAACUGCUGGAACUGCCAGCGGUAUUAGUGACGGUGCUAGUGCAGUCAUUCUUGCAUCCGAAGAGGCUUUAAAGGAAUACAAUUUAACACCAUUGGCACGUCUCGUUGCUUACUCAACUGUUGGCGUCGAUCCAUCUAUUAUGGGCAUUGGUCCUGUUCCAGCAAUCCAAAAUGUUCUUAAGCUUUCCGGCUGGAGCAUCAAUGACUUGGAUUUAAUUGAAAUCAAUGAAGCAUUUGCAGCACAGACAUUGGCAUGUGCUGAGGCUCUUGGACUUGACUUGAAUAAAUUAAAUGUUAAUGGCGGUGCUGUUGCUUUGGGACAUCCACUUGGUGCUUCUGGAUCAAGAAUUACUGCACAUCUUGUGCAUGAAAUGAAGAGAAAGAACUUGAAGAAAUCUGUUGGAUCAGCUUGUAUUGGUGGUGGUCAGGGUAUUGCAUUGUUGUUGGAAUCUGUUUAAGGAUUUCGAUGAGUUACUUAAAAGUUUACUUUCAUACCCAACUGCAUCACUUUCAUACUUUAUUUGAAUAAAAUAUAGAUGCGCUAUUGCAUUUAAUUGGAACUG